AUGCCUCCACAUAAGCGCAAGCACCGAAAGGAGAACCCGAACGCCAUCGAGCCUUCACAGAAGCGAGUCAAGACCGGUACCCCCACAACGCAUGCCGACGUCGAGCCCGCCCCCAAGCCCGUGAAGUUCGAGGGCGGAAAAAAGAAGGGCAAACCUGCUCCCGCCAAGCCUCUUACCAAGAAGCAGCUGCUUUCAGACAAGUCAUUGUUUCCAGAGCAGCAGGACCGAAACAUCGAAGCCCCUCUCUACGAAUUGCUGGGCAGCGAGGACCCAAAUGAACGCCUCCAGGCCGCCGAUGUGAUCAUCUCCAAGCUCCUGGACAAUGAUGGCGUCUCGGAGUCAUCCCUCGACAGACACCUCGAAAAGCGACUAUUCAGAGGGCUCGCCAGCAGCAGGAAGGCCUCGAGGCUGGGCUUCAGUGUCGUACUCACCGAGAUCCUGCAACAACUGUGGGGAGAGAAGAAUCUCUGCGGCGAGAAGUACCGAGGGCUGACAUUCGACUUCGUCCUGACUACACUUACAGAGAGGACAAAACCAGUUGGAAACAUCGCUGGCCAGGAAGAGAAGGACCACUACUUUGGCCAGCUGUUCGGCAUAGAAUGCUUCGUACGGGCCAAGAUACUCUUUGACGAUGUCACGAGGUGGAACACGAUUUUGGCGCUGCUAAUCAAGCUGGCCAAGAAGAAAAUAUGGCUCAAGCCGCAAUGCGCGUGGAUCAUCCUGCAAACGAUACCUCAGAUGGACCAGCAGAUCGCAGAGGAGACCCUGCGCAAACUCGAUGAGGCGGGCUGGGCAAAGACGCCGGACGCCGUGGCCAUCACCGUUGUCUUGACGGAGAAAUUUCCCAAGAUCAAGCUGCCAUCAAAGUCUUGGCGGGACUACUUGUCCUCGAAGUACCUCGGCGAGCUGCCAGCUAUUUUGAAAGACAGCGGGAAGCAGGAAGGCAAGCAAGAAAGCAACGGCGACGAGCCUGCCCAGAAGCAAAAACAGGCGAGCUGGACGGCGCAACUGCAUUUUGUCUGGGACAUCAUACUUGCGCAUUAUGCCAAGCUGGCGUCUACGGAUUCCAAGGGUGCAUCUGAUCAGUUCAAGCAGUUCUGGAGCCGCGUUGUGGACCAGGGCUUCUUCUCCAAAACAGCCUCGGAACCCCAGAAGUUCACUGGUUUUAUGAUCUUCCAAAAGUUCCUGGAAGCUGGCAUUGGGCACCCUCACAUCACUCACAAUGUGUUUUCUCAGAACCUGCUGACCUGCUUGAUGAACCAAGCGGCGAAGCAAGACAGAUACCUCCACCGGGCAGCCACCAAGGCCCUGAAGGCCAUAGAGCAGGCAGCUGACACAGACCGUGACCUGGUUCCCGUUAUGAUACAGUUUCUCCUUGGCAAGCAAGGAGCCUACAACUUCGACCAGCGGUCAAAUAGCAAGACUGUCGACAAAUUACUGCAUCUCACAAAACCACAACAUGCGCAAGAGGUUAUCAAGAAUCUCAGGCAGCUGGUUCUCAAGUCGGAAGGUGACGGUGCAGAGAACCACAUUCUGGUUUAUGCUGAUUACCUAUUCCGGCUGGCCACUAUCGUCCCAACAGAGGCUGAUGCAAAGAGUGGUAACAAGGGCUCCGUGGGCGGACCGGCUCUGCAAGAGUUUGCAACGCUCGCGUAUCCCAAGUCCGGAGAGAUUGUCCCAGGAUUGACAGAGAAGACAACGCCAAUCCUGCGUCAGAAGCUCACCGCGGCACUCGCCAAGUUUGUGAAGAGGCCUGAAGACUUUGCUGAGUUCUGCAAUGCCAUCAUGCUCAUCGACUCCAGCAGCGUUGACAUGGACGAAGAGCUGGAGGCGGAGCUGCUCGAGGCGCUGGAAAAGCUGCAACAGUUGACGAACCCAACGCAGGCCAAGGGCAACAAGAGCAACGCUUACCAAGGUCUGGCCCUCCUGUACGCCGUUGCGAUCCUGCAGCUGUACAACGCCGAGCCUGAUGCGGUCGAUAUUCUUAAUGAUCUGCGACAAUGCCACGAGAGGCUGCUUAGCAAGCAGAAAGGCGAGGAUGGCGAUGUUUCCGCGAUGCUAGUCGAGAUUCUGCUCGCCAUGGUUGCCCGCCCUUCGUCCCUUAUGCGACAGACUGCAGAUCGUGUCUUUGAGGCGUUCACGAAUCUCAUGACCGAAGAAGCCCUUACGCUCUUGACCGACACCCUGGCAGCCAAGGAGGACGCAGAGGGUCUACGAGCUUUGUUCGACACAGACGCGGAUAUGGAAGACGUAGAGGAAGGCGCUGGCUCCGGUGAGGAGGACGAUGUCUCUGAGCUCGGUUCAGACGUUGAAUUCGUCGACGCGGAGGAAACGCAGGAGGCCGACGGAGAGUCGGGCAACGAGGUCGAAAACGGCGACAAUGCAGAGUCCGAAGAGGACGAUGACGAUGACGAGGAGGAAGAUCUGAACGAGGAUGAAGGCAAGCUCAAGGCACUGAACGACGACCUCGCGAAGCUGCUCAACAGCCAUUCGCUCGAUAAGGACAAGGACGCCGCGUCGUCUGAUGAUGAGUCGGACAUGAGCGACUCGGAGAUGAUCGCCCUCGACGAGCAGAUCGCGGCGGCAUUCAAGUCGCGCGCCAAGGAAGGUAGCAAGAAGAAGGAGAACAAGAACGCCAAGGAGACCGUGGUCAACUUCAAGCACCGCACGCUAGAUCUCCUGGGCAUCUUCGCGAGGAAGGAGGCUGCCAACCCGCUGGUGUAUAAGCUGCUGCUGCCGCUGCUGCAGAUGAUGCGCACCACCAAGACCAAGGACUUGUCGAGGAAGGCCGGCAACAUCAUCGCCGAGUUGUCCAAGGCGCAACGCAAGGCCAAGGCCAGCAGCAAGGACGAGGGCAAGAACGAGGGCCAGGGAGACAAGGACAGCGACAAGGCUGGCUCGGAGGAGUACCUGAAUGCGCAGUUGCAGCUGCUCGAGGAGAUCCACGAGGAGAUGACGCAGGACGAAUCGCACGCGUUCGCCAAGUCAUCAUCCAACGCGAGCCUCCUGGUCGUGGGGGACAUCCUCAGCAGGAACGUGGGCUUGUUCCAGGAGAUAUGGGACAACUACGGCGGGCUUGCCAUGAAGUGGGCUAUGGACGGCGGGUUCCAGUUCUCGACCAUCAUUGCGGACUGGACGCAGUGGAUCCAGGCACACCCUACGCUGGUGGCGAAGCGAAUGGAUGCUGCGGCGGAGAAGGCCGAUGAUGCGUCGGAGGCUGAUGGUGACAGCGGGGGCAAGAGCGAGGAUGAGGGAGACGAUGAGUGA